UGAGGCACAAUGGCGCAUGCGCAACGGUAUUUGUGCUCCGCGCAAGAUGGCAGCCUCCAAUGGAGCCAUGUUGCUGUGUGGGAACAUGGGGUUUUUAGCGGCCCGUGUGCCUUUUAAUAGAUUUUGCGGGCUACGGCAUAUACCCACUACUUCCCUCCUGCUACCUGAGCAAUUGGCCUUUCGUACGUAUUGCACGGAAGUCAACGAAGAAGAAUCCACAAAGCCAGAUGGUCGUGAGAGAGAUUCACCUUACAAAGAAAUGCCAUGGAAAUACUUGGAGAGCGAAGAAUACAUAACUAAAUAUGGCAACAAUCCCGUCUGGUUUGGAUACAGGCGUAAUUUCAAAGGUCAGGUUCCACCACAGAAAACCCGGAAGAUGUGCAUUAGAGGAAGUCAUGUUUGUGGGAAUCCCUGUCCCAUCUGUAGAGAUCAACAUCUUUUUUUGGAUUAUAGGAAUGUGAAGCUUCUUGAACAGUUUAUCUGCCCCCACUCAAAUAUCAUCCUUGAUCCAGCCCGUACAGGCCUGUGUGCGAAUAAGUAUAAGGCGCUAGUCAAAGCUGUUGAUCAAGCUCAAGACAGUGGACUUCUAACAGUUAGCACUCCCUUGAUCGCCUUCCAACAUGUGGAUUGGAGCAACCAACAUCCAGCUGUUUCCAAGACUCCUCCAUCCCCAGCUCUGUGUAGCAAGACAUCAUGGUAUCCUUGGUAUGACUGGCAACAGCCUCCCGAGAAAAAAAUUAAACUCUUCAGGAGGAUUUACAAGGAUUAUCUGAAAGAAGAGAGCAACCUUUCAUAAACCAAGCCAAAAAAAAAAA